ACUUUGUCAUCGAUGAAAUGAGUUUGAUUGACUGACGUACCCCACAAAGCUCAAGGGCUCCAGUCCAUGCAACGUUCAUGGAAGGAACGACCGUUUUCCUUCUAUUGAAGAGCCUGCAUCGUACACGGCGGGAAGACCGAGCCUCACUGGCUAAAAGUGUAGAUAAUCCCUUUCCCGCAUUGUUUAACAUUUUUCGUGCUACAUAACAUAUGGUAUAGGACGGCAUCUAGCCCUCGACGUUACUCUUGCGACCUCGAUUUUUACAGAACUUUAACCCUAGGCCUUCUGCCUUGAGGUUACGUGUGCGCCUGAAGCUAAGGCGAAGCGGAAGUCUCACAAAUUGCGAUGGCCCCAGUAAUUUCAGCCUAUAAGAUACCUGCAUGCUAUGAUGGCUUGACAUCCUUCACUGCAACAAGUCCCAUUAUGUUCACUUUCCGCUUCGCCGUGCUUGCGCUGUUCGCCUUCCUCGCUGGUGCCAACGCCAACGGGACAUGUGCAAUGUGCCAAGAUACCGUGGACAUCGAAGGUGUGGCGGUCUACACGCUAGCCAACAGCACCGUUGAGACCAGCGGGUACACACUUUGCUCCUACACUAAUACUAAGCUGGGCAUCAAGGUGACCUGCGAGUAUUCGAGCGACGGCGCAUUCCAGGAUGGGGAUGAAUUGUGUCCAAGUAAGGUGGGUACGUAUUCAUGCUGAGCAGGACGUAGAGUGGAAGCAGGCCGACGGGAGUAGCAAUCUUGUCCUGCAGGCAGCUGGGCAGCAUCACUGUAUGCGAUUCUAAUGAGAUUCAUGAAAUUUCGGUACCGCGCAGUGUAAUGAAAAAUUAAACCAACAGAACACCAGGGAGACUUCAUGUAACUCGUACGAGUGAUAGCAUCAUAUAUCAACGUUUCAAAUUUGUUGUUUUCGAUAUUGCUGUUAAAUAACGUCCGAAGGGGAUUUCCUUUUUCGCCACAGGUGCGGGAAGCGCUAGUGUAGGGGGCAGCCCCGCUAAUGGAACGUAGCACAAGAUCUUAGCGAGACGUGAUAACGACGCUGAGGUGAAACUAUGUUGAAGAGAACAUAUAAGUAGGAAGUCCGAGACGAAAGAAGC